UAGGUAUUUAUGUAUGUUGAAAGCAGAUGAACUAUAGCCAUAUGAAGGAGAUGAAAUGAGGCUCAAACACAAACUCCACGAAAGAUGGAAAUAUAUACCGAUAAAAAGAAUUUCGAUCAUUCUUUCAGGCGUGGUUUAGAUGACGUCACGUGGCACAAGAAUCACGGCCCAGAGCAAUUAAUGGAUGUGGUCAGAUGCCGACAGAGUGGCUGAGAAACAGAUCUGCAGGGUUCAGCUUGGGGUGUCUCGAUUGCUCUCACUGUUGAGGUGGUGUCGCUCUUAAGAUGUUGGAGGAUUUCAGUUUGACAGCCGGUGACAGUUAUCAGGGUUGUGAUACCACGCAGUUCUCAAGCUAUUCCACGCCGUUUUCGGUCAAAGACAUUCUGAACAUGAACAUGACGCAAGAAGAUGGGUACUGCUACCCUGUGGACACGGUGGUCAAGAAAGAGGUGGACACUUACGCGUGGACAGAGGAGGGUUGGUUCAAUGGUGGUCAGUUUAUGCCAAAUUACGGUGGAUACGCGAGUUCUAAUACAGGGUGUUCGGGUGGUAAGAUCCAGGAUUGCUACGGUAGGCAGAAUGACUUGUCGGCGAUUGCUAAGAUGGGUGAAUUUGCUAGGAGUGUUAGUCCAAAACAAGAACAAGUAACCAGCUCCAAAACCGAACUUCGUAAAGCCUGUAGACAGAGAGUUAAGAGAAAACCAAGAGUGCUCUUCUCCCAAUACCAAGUACAGGAGCUAGAACAAAAAUUCAAACAGCAGAAAUACCUUUCUGCGCCAGAACGAGAACAAAUGGCCCAAGGACUGAACCUUACGCCAACCCAGGUGAAAAUUUGGUUUCAAAACAGGAGGUACAAGAGCAAAAGAGGACAUUUGGAACAACAACAGCAACAAGGAGAUGAGAGGAAAACCAAAUCUCUAGCUGAAUAUUUGGAAACGCAGAAUUUUUGUGGGGAAAUGCAACCGCACCACAGUAUGGCAACACCGUAUAAUUAUACUAAUCAUCCUGUACAUUUUCCACAUGACUUUAAUGCAGCAGAUAUCAGAUAUAAUAAUUUCCCUUCGGCUAUGGAUAAAAUGAAUUUUUAUUAUAGUAAUUCAUAGCUUGCUUAUUAUUUGAAAUUUAUACCCUUCAAAGAAUUUGAGGAAAGUAAGUUUUUAAUUUGAACCUACAUACUGGCUGGAUUCUAAGAAUUAAGUCAAUGUUCUGCUUUUGAUACAGAUUUUUGUCGUUAUCAGAAUCAAUUAAUAUAAACGUAAUUUUAUUAUCGUGAUGUAUUAGAUGAAUUCAUGCCUGAAAAUAUAGUUUUAUAUUGUACAUAUCUAUUCUCCUUUUUUUGUCCAUUAUCAAUGUAUAGGAAUCAUUUCUCUAAUUACCUAACUAUUUUUACAACUAUUUUUGUACCAAAUUUUAUUUGUUUUCUCUUGUACAUAACUUUUAGAUAUAUUGUUGAUUAAAUAUUGAACUCUU